AUGUCUCGUCGAACGUUGCGGUGGUGUUGCGCCCGCACAGGGGCUGUUCGAGGCUCCGAGAAGGGACGGAGCGACCACGAACGGGGCGGUGCUGGUGUCCGCAGAAAGAUCACGCUCGCGAGGCACAUUCUCCGGUCUCGCCCCGCAUCUACGGAGGUCCCGCCCUUCGAGAGUUUCAAGUGCCCGAAGGAGGGUUGCGGCAAUGUACACAAGCUCGGGGACUGGUGGUUCUUCGACAUCCUCCAGAAGAAGUACGUGGGGCCCAGGAGUCAACCCAGGAGCGGUCAUUCAGGGGCGGAGAUGGUACCGUGUUCAGACGCGGAGGGGAAGGAGGUGUGCGGCGACAAUGAUUUGAAGACGUUACCGUUCGUCGGGAACGGCAGGGCCUCUGAGGUGGUGAUGAACAACCAGGACGCAUACGCGGUGUGGCUGACGGAGUAUGCGGUGUGGUUGAAGAAGUAG